AUGGUACACCUCGUGGCUGUACCAGAGACAAUCACGGCAAGUGGCUGUGCUUGUGUCUUUAUUGACACCAUCUUCCGACUUCAUGGGUUGCCCCGUGAACUCGUAUCAGACAGAGAUCCACGAUUCACUGCUGAUUUCUGGCGUUCCGUGUUCAAAUCACUCGGAACGCGCUUGAAGAUGUCAACAUCUGAUCAUCCAGAGUCAGAUGGUCAGACGGAACGUGCCAAUCGUGUCCUUGAAGAGAUACUUCGAGGAUACGUACACUCCUUUAAGAGUUGGAGUGAGUUUUUGCCAAUGGUAGAGUUUGCCAUCAACAACUCGGUGCAUGUGUCGUGGACGCAUGCACCGUUUUACGUGAAUGGCUUGCGCCAUCCGCGUGUACCCACCUUACUAGAGUGUAACUCUGGUUUAAGGGGGGGAGGGACUCGCGCGAGCAAAAACCGAUUUGGUUCACGCUCAUCACGCUCUGACGAAGAAGUCAUUGCGUUUGAUGCCGAUAUCGAUAACAUCGAUAUCGAAGAAGAUGAUGCCAGUGAGAGUGCGGAAGCCCUCACUGAAGUAGAUGAUCCCAGUGAGAGUGCGGAAGCCCUCACUGAAGAAAAGGUUGAUGUUGCUGCAGUGCGCUCACAGCACACUGAAGAUAACGAGUCAUCAGAUGAGUUCAUACUGGCUCGUGAAACGGUAGUCCGUUUUGUGCAAGACUCCAUCGCCGAAGCGGUGACUUAG